CUAGCCGUGCGGCCUUCAGUUCAGCGGACACAGUGGACACGAUGCGACCGGAGAUGAACCCUGGCGCCUCAAGACUGCAAGGGGUGAGAGCCGCCGACUCCAUGUCCGAGGUAUCCGAGGGGACGACCGGCACCUCGGUGUCGACCAGAGGCAGCACCUACAGCGAGGAUCUGCAGGACCUGGCUCGCCACCUCGGACUCUCCGGGCCAGACCAGCUUGCACAGGACCGCUUCCGCGUGGACAGGCGCAAACUGGAAGUCAUGCUCAGAGUUAAAGAUGGAACGGUGGAACCAGCUGAGGCUUUUUUCCAAAGGGUCAUGGAUGAGACUGUCACCCAUAUAUCAUGGCCAUCUCGAUUAAAGAUUGGGGCAAAAUCAAAAAAAGAUCCUCACAUCAGGAUAUCAGGGAAAGAAGAUGGUGUUCUCGCAGCGAAGACCAAAGUUAUGGCUGUUCUAGACACAAGGAGCAACAGAGUGACAAUGAAGCUGGACGUGAGCUACACGGACCACUCUCACAUCAUCGGUCGCGGAGGACUCAGCAUCAAGAGUGUCAUGGAGGAGACGGGCUGCCACAUCCACUUUCCUGACUCCAACCGCAACAACCCAAAUGAAAAGAGCAACCAGGUGUCCAUCGCUGGUGAGAUUGAGGGUGUCGAGAGAGCCAGAGCUAGAGUUCGGGAGCUGACACCUCUGAUAUUCAGUUUCGAGUUGCCAGUUCUAAGUUCAAUGCCGGACCCUACAGCUCCACAUAUACUGAAGGUACAGGAGACGUAUGGCGUACAGGUACUGUUCCGCACUCGACCCAAGCUACACUCCACUCUGGUGUUGAUCAAGGGCUGUGAAUGGGAACUUUCCAAGGUUAAGGAAGCCACCAUGGUGCUUGUCAAACAGAUGUGCGACAGUCUUGCUGGACAAGUGACAAUUCAUAUGAUGAUGGAAAUAUCACCACAUCAUCACUCGAUAGUUGUUGGAAAAAACCACGAGAAUCUGAAGCAGAUUAUUAUGCGAACUGGAGCAAAGAUUCUGUUUGCUGAUGCCACUGACCCGAACAUUCCCCCGUUGAAGAGAAGCAAUGUGACCAUCUCAGGAGGAAUCAAUAAUGUUUAUCUUGCUCGACAACAGCUGAUUGGCAUGCUGCCACUCCUUCUCAUAUUUGAUGUACCAGAAAACUCUUUGACUGCAAACAUGAAUGCUAUUGAUGACCUUAUGAACAACUUGGAAGUCAUUAUUCAGAUGCGAAACAAACCAAAACAAAAUGUUGUUUCAAUUACUAUCAAGGGACUUGAGAAGAAUGCAAGUAAUAUAUAUGAAGCACGCCGUCAGCUUAUUGGAUUAAAAGAACCAGCCGUUCUUGCCAACAUUCCAGCAACAUACAAUGCUCUAAAUCAAGACACCCCCCCUCCUGCAUUUGGCAACCAUCCAUGCAAUGUGGAUUACUUGAGCCCCAACUGCAUGGGUGUGAACAACAUGUUCUUGUCACCCCACUGCCAGUCUCCGAUGUUGGACAUGGGGUGGAACCAGCUAGGCGUGCACUAUCCUCACCAGCUGCUACUGCAGCACUUACUGCCUCGGGGACACCAGCUGGGCCACCAGGAGCGUAACUCUCUCAGUCACUUCUCCUUCUCCAUGCCUGACAUCGCAGUAACUUCAGGGACCGGAGCACCAGUGACAAGCAACAUGGUAGGAGGACACUCCCCACUCAGCAGUAAUGCCAGCCCUCUGUCCAGUCCAUGUGCCAGCCCCCGCAAUGUUUCCCCUGUGCAGAACCUGUCUUCUGAUCACCAGUCAGAUCAAGCUUCCUUCAAUGACUCGUCUGAUCUAAGAGCCCCGGGAUUUGAACGCCAGAAGAGGUUUUUCGACUAUCAUCAGCUAAAAUUACAGGCAACUCAUGCUUUACAAGGGCAGCCGAAGCCAACUGAUCUACGUGUUCCAACAUCUUCUUGGGCUGGUUACGGAUUCAGUCAGUCCAGCCCCAGUGCGGUUCUCAAGGAGCAGAAACUGAAAGAGGGGAUCACUUCUCAGUCUGGUGACAUCUGGGCGAAGAACCCGUUAUUUUCUUCCUCUGUGGCGGACCUGGCCUGUAACAGCUCUCCGGACUUAACGACUGUUGGCAACAGUGUGAAUCUUUCUCAAAGUAACCAACUGGAGUCUCUUCCAAGUAAUCUGCUGUCCAUGGUGACCUCCACCUUCAACGACCUGCCAGCAAUGCUUGCCUCUAUGGGGCUUGAGAAGUAUAAUCAGUUAUUUAAAUCGCACGAGGUGGACCUUGCUACAUUCCAAACUCUCAGUGAGACUGAUCUUAAAGAAAUAGGAGUGACAGCAUUUGGUGCUCGUCGUAAAAUGCUUCUCUGCAUUUCUGAGCUCAAUAAACGCUCUUCUCAAUUCCGCUACAGUGCAGCCGUUGGAGCUGAACGCAAGAGCUCUUCCUCCAACACUAGUCUUAAUGAAAACUGGUAGAUCUAGGUUAAGUAUUAUCUAAUUAUCUAUUUAUUGUUAUUAUAUUUGAUAGUAUAUUUAAUUAUAUUUAUUAUAUUUGUGCUUGUUGCAAAUCUUCGAUGCAUUAUAUUUAAUGCUUUAAACUCUGAUACAUUGCAAUGUAUUGCAGCUGUCAGUAAAACUGUGUUGUGAACAAAACAGUAACUCUAGUUUAUUAGUUUAAAUUUUGUUGGAAUGUUUUUAUUUACCUAAAUAAUGUAAAUCAAGAGUUUGCACGAAAACGAGUUUAAAAACAAUACUAAACUUUCAAACUUGAUUUGAAGUAAUGACUACGACUUAGACUAAUGGACACAGACAGUUGGAGUACAUUGUGCUGUGUGUUAUUGAGCAAUAUUUGUUCUAUUAGAUAUUUAAUGUAUAAGUAGGUGCAGGAAUUUCGUAAAUUUUAAGAUAUUCUGGUUUUAAUUAAUUAUAUUUGAUAUAUCUAUAUAAUAAUAGUUUUAUAAUACUUUAAACUAAUUUUAUUCCUUAAAACAAUAAUUAUGAUUACAAAUUGCUGUGAUCGUGAAAUUAUUAACUGUCCUAUAUUAGGAACAUUGUUUGUUUGAAUUUAAUGUAAAAUUAAUCGUAAUAUAAUAUUUUAAUAAUAAUGAUACUAGGAAUACUAACAGUCUUAAAUGUUAGCAAUAAUAAUUGUAACUUUUAACUUGUUUUACUAAACUAUAGAAUAAAAAUUGGUCAAUUCAUUAAUUUAAAAUAAAAUAAAAUAAUAGAAAAAAACUAUAUAGAUUUAAGUUAGAUUUUUUAUUCUAAAAACAACGUUAAUGUGUGAGGCAAUGUCUCACGUAACAGAUAAUUUAUGAAAGUGUUAAACAAUGGUAUGUUCCUUGCACCUAGUUUGUAAGUUAUGUAAGAAACCAUCAAAUAAAUGUAAAUUUUUACUAAAAAAGCAUGCUGUAAAGUGGGCAUGAGAGGCAGGAAGUUGAGAGGUUAUAACAUUGUUAUUGUUACAAUGAUGUGUAUUUAUGAAAAUGUAUGAUUAAUUUGUAAUAUAGGAACCUUAAAAAGGGAUAAUGUUUAAAUAUUAUAUACUUGUAUAAAUUUCAAUCAAUAAAGCUAUAACCCUGGA